AUAUCAUGGUUAAGUAAUUCUUUGACAUAUACUCCCGGACCUAUGUGAGUGAAACCUGAACUUCAAGAUGAGAGACCUUGCGCUUGCUGUCAUAUAUUUCACGGUGUCAUUCUUUGGAAUCAUUGGAAAUGUUAUCGUUCUUUACGUUCUUCUGCGCCAACGAAGAGGAUGGAGCGUUACAACAACCUAUUUGUUUAACCUCGCUCUUUCUGACUUGUUGUUUUUAUGUAUAAUGCCCUUCUGGGGACAUCAAUAUUUAAAUGAGCUGAAUUGGGCAUUCGGGUUGGGCUGGUGCAAAGUUGUUGGAUCAGUAACUUCUAUAAACAUGUACGCAAGCGUGUUCUUUCUAACCGCAAUGAGUGUGGAUAGAUACAUGGCGGUAGUGCACGCAACAUCCGUAAAUGUGGUCCGGAACUCCUGUAUAGCUCGUUGGGUUUGUAUCAGCGUUUGGUCGGCAGCUCUUCUGUUAUCGUUACCCCGCGUUCUAUACCAAACUCUACAACCAAUAUAUCUUUCUGGGCCAUCCACAAAUACAACACUUGCAGGCAGCCCGGGGUUGUACCGUGAUACCGGUGAUACAACAGAUACCACGGCUGAGUCACUUUAUUCGCUCGCCCCAACAAAAGAUCCGAAUGAACUGAUGAGACUUCCGUGUAACUUUUUUAUACCAGUCAGCAGUACCAAGUGGAUAAAAAUGGGUACGAUUCAGUUUAUUGGAGCCAUGAUCGGUUUUAUCGUGCCAAUGAUUGUGAUUUCUAUUUGUUAUGCUCGAAUUGUGGUCACAGUGAAAAAGAAGGUUAUCAGCAAAAAAGUUCGCAAAGAUCGAGUGGCGAAACUUGCAGCACUUGUUGUGCUUGCCUUCUUUUUCUGUUGGUUGCCGAUGCAAAUAAUGCAACUGUUUUCCGCUCUUGGAGGCUGGUGGAAAAUCAAGGCUUUUAAUUUUGACAAAAAUUUGUUCCAUGCUGUGUAUCCCUUCAUGAUCGCCCUUGCAUAUUCAAACAGCUGCAUCAACCCGAUAGUUUACGCUUUCACCACCACGAACUUCCAAGAAAACAUUAAGGAUAUAUGCGGAUCAGACAAGGCUUCUCGACCUUACAAAAUGACGUUAAGUCCACAACCCGGCAAAAACGGAGACGGCAAAACGGGGUAUGCAACUAAAACAGAAGCAAUUAACAUGUACAGUCCAUGCGCACCUAGAAGUAACCACCAAUAUACCCCAGCAGUGCAAGUGCACGCAGAACAGAACUCACCUGGUGAUCUUAGAAACCAAAACCACCUGGAAAAUGAAAAACAAAACGGUGCGGAGACUUUUGAGAGCCAGAGUUUUUCAUAUUAUUCGUGCCCAGCAGUAAUGCAAGGCCUGGGAAAAAUUAACUGCGAACAAUCAGGCGCAGAUUCUGUUGCAAUUCAUUCUACACCGCUUGACAACGAUGCUUAUGAUUGCAUUGCUACCGAUGCGGUAUGAACUAUUGAAUAUUUUACACCUUGUACUUAUACAUAUAUGUAACUUUAAUUUUCAAGAACGCAAAAGUAAUUUAUUGUAAAGGUAUUUCAACAGACAGUGUUUAUUGAUGGCUAUUUUAGCAACACAGUUCCAUUUGUAGUGUUGCUAUGUAUGUGAUACACCAUUUAUUAUGGGAAAAACGCAUGUCACACCACUUAUUAUUGUAUAGUACUGUGGGGUAAGAUGGGACUCCUUUAUCACAUAAUAUCCAAAUAUUCUGAUCGUGUUUUGAACAGUUAACAUCUGUCAAUGGAAAUCGUGAGGAUACGGUUCUAUAAUUCUUUGAAUGUCUUAUUUUACUAUCGAAUAGGACGAUUAAACAGAAUGAAAAAGUGUCCCGUCUCCCCCAUUCUAUGUAUUGCCCUAAAAAUACUUUUUUUGUUGCUAUGAUGCUUAUGUUAGGUAUUCAAUUUAUUAUUUUUUCGCUAUAGAGAAUAUAGUUGUACGUCGUAAUUUAUAAACUUUGUCUUUAAAAGAAAAUAGAUCAGCAGUCACUGUGGUAUGUUUAUUUUGUCACCAAUUAGUCUAAAACAAAACCACAUUCGAUAAAUCAAUCGACACAAAACCACAUUUUACUGCAUUUGUGUUUGAUUGAAAUGUCGUCUCUCUUAUUGGUUUAAAACGAAUGUUUUUAGUGUAUGUGUACGCAUCAAUAUACUCCCGCAAAUGUACUUGUAAUCCAUGGUGUUCAUUCAGCCAGUGGUAGUAGUUAAACACAAAUAUGGCCUCUACACCUCGAAGUUGUCACACGGCAGGAGUGGUAUCAACAAAAUGCAUAAUU